AUUUUCAGAAUAAAGUUGUAAAAAUGGAGUAUAGAGUAGUGGAUGGAUUAAAGGAAGAACUAAGAAUAAAAAGAGAAGAUGCUGCCGCGCACAUGGACGAAAUAAAAAACAUUUCAUCCAAUCCAACAUUAUUACCAGCCAAGGAUCUAGGUUUAGGAGAUCCAGGCAACUGCAAGGUGUGUCAGGAAUUACAGAAUGAAUUUACUAAGAAUCCCGGAGGAAAACCUCCAAGAAAUAUCGGACUCAUCAUUGCUGCUGGUAUUGGAGGACUAGCUGUAGCUAUCAGUGCUGUGUGUGUUCCUUUUGUAACUCCAGCUUUAAGAAGAAUAUGUUUACCGUAUGUUCCUGCUACAGAUAUACAGGUUUCAAAUGUAUUAAAAGCUUUGAGCAGUAGAUCUGGAACAAUUCUAGAUAUAGGUAAUACAUUUACUAUAGUAGGUAAAGGUAUAUAGUUAAACCCUUGGCUAGUUUACUAUAGUAGGUUUCGAGCACUAAGGGAGGGAUUAUCUAAAGAAACUGGAUUUUUCCGAGCUGACUUGUGGAAACAUAACUUGAAGGAAUACGACAAUAUUGUAAUUUUCGGAGUAGAACAGAUGAUGGUAGAUUUGGAAAAGAAAAUGGUAAAAGAAGUUAAGAAGGAUACAUUGAUAGUAGCCUGUAGGUUUAAAUUUCCAGAGCUUAAACCUAUAAAAGAGAUUGGGGAGGGGGUGGAUACAGUCUGGACUUACAAGGUGAGCAGAUAAGAAGAAUUAAACCUUUAUACCUUUAUAUGUAUAGUGACCUUAUUGUAGUGAAUGAAUAAAAAUUGAAUUUUCAUUAA